AGAGGUAUCCAACAUGGCGGCAAAUGUAGACGUUUUGAACAAGGCAUGGGGUGUUAUAUCUGCAGUCCUGACGCCAACAAACGAAAAUACACCUGUAGAAUCCCAUCGCCCCAGUCCGGAGUCAGACUUCCAGAAUGCCCUAGCAGUGAUGAAGCAAGAGGGUGUGGACCACAUCAUAGAAGAGUGGUUCCUGGAAACAUUACAACAGGAUCUCCGACACAGAGUAGGGCCAGAGUUCUGGAGACACUUUAUACCUGCAGAAACAGACAGCUGUAAUCCAUGUGGCCAGCUGUACAAAGCUGUGACGUAUCUCCAUGGCGUCACAUCGUCAUACUCUGCAAGUCUGCAGCGUCUGGAGGUGAUGCGGAGGGACAAGAUGGAGUCCGAUGAUGAAUCCCCACAGAGAAUAUCGGCCCUAGUAGUCACCUUCUAUAAAGCUGUCAUCUUUUUUUUACUGCCCAAAAACUUUUUGACAGCUGUAGAAAAGUUUUAUUCUGAGGCAUUUAAAGUCUUUCAUCACACAAGUGCAGAUGAUGAAGAAGGAGAAGAUGAAGAUCUUGGGUCUUGUAAUGGAUGUGGUGAAGAGUCAGACAGCUGUCGAUGUCAGGAUAUCAUGGAGAAAUUUCAUGCAGUCAACAGUAAACUUGACGACAUGGGUAUCCUGGAGCGGAUAUCUGGGGCAGCUGUCACCACCACUGUACAUGAGCAGAUCAAGCACCACAUCGAGGACACAUGUAAGGGCAACUAUGAGACAUCAUACUUGGACACGCUGCAGAAGUGGCUUGACAGCAAGGUGCUUGGAUGGCUAAACAUCAUCUACGCAGGCAAUCGGACGAGUUCUGGACCUGAAUGUAUAUCAGCCUUCAAGGGGAGACUACUCCACUUCCUGUACGAGACAUAUGCCAAGGCACUGAUAGAUCAGCUGUUUAAUAUCAUUAUUGAGUUUCCUGAGUCCGAGCCGGCAAUCAUGGACCUGAAAGUUUGUCUGGACAAAACUGACUUCCGCUCCCACCUGGUGUCGUCCUUGAGAGGGGCACUCGAGAACAGACUGUUGCACCCAGGUGUGAACACAGCUGAUAUUCUGACAGCGUACAUUGCUGCCAUCCGGUCUCUGCGAGUCCUUGACCCUGCCGGGGUCAUCUUGGAACUUGUAUGUGAACCUGUACGCAAGUAUCUCAGAUCCAGGGAUGACACAGUGCGAUGCAUUGUGAGCAGCUUGACAGACGAGGGGAGCAAUGAGCUGCUGGACGAGCUGGUCAAGUCCCAGCCACUGCUGCUGGACGAGGGGGUGCAGAGUGAUGACGAGAGUGACGACUGGCAGAGCUGGAUGCCCGACCCGGUGGAUGCUGAUCCAUCUACAACAUCCAAGAGCCGGAGAGCGUCUGAUAUCAUCAGUAUGUUGGUGAACAUCUACGGCAGCAAAGAGCUGUUUGUGAACGAGUACCGCACACUGCUGGCGGACCGCAUCCUGACCCAGUUCACGUAUGACAUUGAGCGUGAGCUGCGCUACCUGGAGCUGUUGAAGCUUAGGUUUGGGGAGUCGCAGCUGCACUACUGUGAGGUGAUGCUGAAGGACGUUGCGGACUCUAAGAGAAUUAACACCAGGAUCACUGAGGAGAAGGCCCAGCUAGGGGUCAAGGAGGAUAUUGAGAUGAAUGCCAUGAUCCUGUCAGCUCAGUUUUGGCCAGCCUUCAGAGAAGAGAAGAUAACUCUGCCAGAAGAAAUGCAGAAAGCUUUGGAAAACUACACCAAACGUUUUGAGGCACUGAAAGGAAACAGAACCCUUAGCUAUAAACCCCACUUAGGCCUCGUGAACAUUGAGAUUGAGCUGAAGGAACAGGUGCUGCCAUUCUCUGUCUCCCCUGUACAUGCUGCCAUCAUCAUGCAGUUCCAGAGACAAGGUAAAUGGACAGUUGAUGAGUUGAGCAGCGUCCUCCAAAUGCCUGCAUCCGCACUGCGCCGGAAGAUCACGUACUGGCAGAGUCAGGGGCUGUUGAAGGAGGAGGUGCCGGACACCUUCGUCCUGGUGGAGGAACACAAGGGAGGCACACACGACAUGAUGGGGGCAGAUGAUGACGAGGCUGAGUCGGCCAUGGCAUCGGCACAGGAACAGAGGGAGGAAGAACUACAGGUGUUCUGGACGUACAUCGUGGGGAUGUUGACGAACUUGGAGUGUCUGCCGCUAGAGCGAAUCCACAGCAUGUUGAGGAUGUUUGCCAUGCAGGGUCCCAGUACUGGGGAGUGUAGUGUGCAGGAGCUCAAGGUCUUCCUCGACAGGAAGGUCAAGGAACAGAAGCUGUUGUACAGUGGUGGCGUGUACAGGCUCCCGAAACCAUCCUGAUGUCCUUGACGGGUUAUUGUAGGUCUGACCACAACCCUGCCAUUAUGGUCAAGUAUGUUGCGGUACAGUGUGGGACCAGCAGGUGUACACACUCUCCUGAUGUUAUGAACAAGUAUGUUACUGUAAAGUGUCAGGCCUACAGGCUCCUGAAACCAUCCUGACAUUAUGGACAAGUAACCCGUGAAGAUCCGGGUUAGAAGUGAUCUUCAGAAUCCUAUGCUGGUUGUAUCGGGAUCAGGUAGUCAGGCUCGCUGACUUAGUUGACACACCGUGUCCCAACUGCGUAGAUCGAUGCUCGUGCAGUUGAUCACUGGAUUGUCUGGUCCAGACUCAAUUGUUUACAGACCGCUACCAUAUAGCUGGAAUAUUGCUGAGCGCGCGUAAAAGUAAACUCAGUACCUAUGGACAAGUAUGUCACUGUACAGCAAUAUUGGUAGAGGUCACCCCACCAUCCUGUCAUCUCUGGCUCCAGGAGUUGUCACAUAUACAUGUUAUCACACCAGAUCCGGGUUACAAUUAGUCUUCACUAACCCACACUUGUUGUGAGAGGUGACUAACGGGAUCGGGUGGUCAGACUUGCAUACUUGGUUCCCAAUUCCGUGGUGAAUUCUUCGGAUGUCAAUCACUGAACUAUACAGCUGUCCUACAGAAGGAAUGGUUAAUAAUGGUGGUGUUAAACAACAAACAAAACAACGUCAAAA